UGAGACAUGACUCCUGUUGCCUUCCUGACCAUCCUUUGCUUGGGAGUGGUCUCAGCUGCUCGCUCACUUGAUCCCAGUUUGGAUGCUGAAUGGGAGGAGUGGAAGACAAAUUAUGAGAAAACAUACAGCCCGGAUGAAGAAGUACAGAAAAGAGCAGUUUGGGAAGAAAACAUAAGAUUGAUCAAACAGCACAGUGAGGAACACGACCAGGGGGAGCACGGCUUUACCAUGGAAAUGAACGCCUUCGGUGACAUGACCAGUGAGGAAUUUAAGGAAACAAUGAUUAAUCAUCCAGUCUCAAAUCUCAGGAAAGGCAAAAGAAUCCAGAAACGUCUGGUUCUUGAUGAUUUCCCCAAAUCUGUGGAUUGGAGAAAGAAAGACUAUGUGAAUCCUGUGUGGUAUCAGAGCAGAUGUAGUCCUUGUUGGCCUUUUAGGGCGGUUGGUGCCAUAGAAGGACAGAUGUUCAACAGAACAGGCAAACUGGUCCAGCUAAGUGUACAGAACCUAGUGGACUGCUCUCAACCUCAAGGCAAUGUGGGCUGCCAUGGAGGCACUGUAGUCGGUACCUUCCAGUGUGUGAAGGAUAACGGAGGUCUGGAGUCUGGAGAAACCUAUCCGUAUGAACAAAAGGUAGGACCCUGCAGAUACAGUCCUGAGAAUGCUACUGCUAAUGUCACAGACUUUAUGAUCCUCCCAGAGGGUGAGGAUGUCCUCACGAUUGCAGUAGCAACUAUAGGGCCGAUUCCUGUUGCAAUUGAUGCUUCCCAUGAUUCCUUCCGGUUCUAUAAGACAGGAGGAGCACUGAGUGCCACGUUGUCCUGGACAGUGCGGCCAGGGGAGCUCUUCAUCUUAGAGGUCGUCGUCUUCCUCCUUUCAUCUGCCCCAGGAACUUGUGGGCAACGGGGAACUGGAUAUAAUCCUCAGGAUAGAGGGGACGAGCCCAAGAUGUCCAGAUAUCUGGGUUCUGUUCCUGUCCACCGCGCAGAUCCCACUCAUUUCUCGGCUGCUGAGAGGCACAGCACACCGCAGUGCGCUCCGCCGGGGGAGGCUGCCAUGGCCAUUCUGGAGAAGUUCAUGAAGGCCUUUGAGUCACUCAGGUUGUUCCAGCAGUAG